GCUUCCUUGUUCUCCGUAGACUCCGUUCGGAGGUAUAAAUUACCAUUCGGUGAAGCGCUUGUUCUCCGACGGCCAGCUACACCCCUCGGCUCUUCUUCUGUGCCCCCAUUCCGCCAUCCAAAACCUUCCACAGCCCCGUCAGAUCAGACCCGGUCUCGUCGGACCAUCAGCUAUUAUGUGUGGACAAGUCGUCCAGGGUGUUCGCAUGGCCGAAGCUCGCGGUCGUCCUCUGCCAGCCAAUUCGGUACCAUCUGCUAGCCCUCCAUUCACUCCGGAUGGAAAGUCCCAACAUUUGACGGAGAUUUUGAUUUGGCGCGCUACGCAUACUCCGGAUGACCGCCUGUUCACUGUAUACAACCACAAGGGCCAGGAGGCUUCUACUUUGACCUGCAUACAGCUCCUGAGGCGAGCUGAGCGUCUUGCUUGUCUGCUACAAGAGCGAGGUAGAGCUUCUGUUGGAUCUGUCGUUUCUCUUCUCUAUCCUCCCGGAAUCGAACUAGUCUGCGCAUUUUAUGCCUGUCUACUCAUCGGAGCGAUUCCUGUGCCUGUGAGACCUCCGCGCGUUGAACAAACUCAAGAUGCGAGUGUUGGAGGACAUAGUGGCCAAUCAUCCACCUCACAUUUAUCUGGUCCUCCAGGUUCAGGUUCGACAUCUGCUUUGGGCCUUUUCGGCCCCUCUGGAAGUGCUGGUCAGUUUAUUUCCGGCAGCACCGACAGUUGGAUGAGUAUUCACGCCAGGCCACCAUUUCCGACUUUUUCGUCUUCGGUUGAGCUGAUCUGGAACGUGGUUAACCAUUCGGGUACCUCGGUUAUUCUAACGCAACAAUCGAUCAUCAAGUUGCUCAAGUCCAAAGAGGCAACUAACAAAGUACCUUACGGUCAUUGGCCAACUAUCCUGGAUUCUGAAGAAACCUUCCGGAAAAAGGUUCCUCCUCUGCAUCAAAAUCCUUGUAUGGAGCAACCCAUCGCAUAUCUCGAUUUCGUUGCGUCAACCACCGGUACUAUUACGGGAAUUCGUGUCACCCACGAGGUCGCGUAUGCCCUAUGUCGCGCACAGAAAGUCCAAUGCGAAUUUUAUCCUACACGGGAAGUAGUGCUUUGCUUGGAUCCAUAUUCUGGAUUAGGAUUCACUCUUUGGACCCUCACUUCAGUUCAUUGUGGCCAUCACUCCAUCCUAGUGCCUCCCGGUAUUUCAGAAAUUGUACCGGACCUAUGGCUGACUGUUUGCAGCCAACGCAAAGUUCGCGAUGCCUUUUGCUCCCAUGUCACCAUGGAACUGGCUACCCGCUACAUGGCCAAACAUAUGUCUCUCUCCAAGCAUCGUGAUCUCACUCUUUCGAGUCUUCGGAGUCUCGUAGUUGUGGCCGAAGAACGACCUCGAGUUCAUCUCACCGCUAUGUUCUGCAAACUCUUCUCCUCUGUGGGUCUCGUCGGUCGAGCUGUCACUACAUCGUUCGGAUGUCGAGUUAAUUUGGCCAUAUCCCUACAGGGUGCCAGUUCUCCGGAGAGUACCACCGUAUACGUCGACCGAAUCAGUUUGCGAAACGAUCGUAUCAAAUUAUUAGAAAAAGGUUCACCAAACAGCAUGUGUCUCAUGGAGUCCGGUAAGCUUUUACCCGGUGUUCACGUGGCCAUUGCCAAUCCGGACACUUUUGGCCAAUGUGCGGACUCACAAUUAGGUGAAAUUUGGGUCUCUUCGCCCCACAACUCGACGGAGUUGCUCGGUCCAUUCGAUAGUGCUAGUCUGAGUCGGGCUCCCGGAUCCUCAUCUCAGUCCGUCGUUGGAUCUAAUGCAACAGAUGCACUUCAUGCUCGUUUGGUGACCGGUGACACCGGACGUGUGUAUGCGCGAACCGGUUUCCUAGGAUUUGUUCGACGAACUGAGCUGACUCAAUCAGACGGCGAAUUACACGACGCCAUUUUUGUCGUUGGUAGUUUGGAGGAAGCUAUCAUGCUUCGGGGUAUGCGUUUCCAUCCAGUUGACAUUGAAAGCACCGUGAUGCGUGCUCAUAAGAAGAUUUGCGAAUGGUAA